GCAGUCGGCAUUCCAAUUCAUCCCAAAGGUGUUCGAUGGGGUCGAGUUUAGGGCUCUGUGCAGGACAGUCAAGUUCUUCCACAGCGAUAUCAACAAAAUAUUUUCUAGAUGAACCUCGUUUUGUGCACGGGGGGCAUUGUCAUGCUAAAACAGGAAAGGGCCUUCCCCAAAUUGUUGCCACAAAGAUGGAAGCACAUAAUCAUAUAGAAUGUCAUUGUAUGCUGUAGCGUUAAGAUUUUUCUUCCCUGGAACUAAGGGGUCUAGCCUGAAUCAUAAAAAACAGCCCCAGACCAUUAUUCCUCCUCCACCAAACUUUACAGUUGGCUCUAUGCAUGCGGUCAGGUAGCGUUCUCCUGGUAUCCACCAAACAGAUUCGUCCUUCGGUCUGCUAGAUGGUGAUCCCGUGAUUCAUCACUCCAGAGAACAUGUUUCCGCUGCUCCAGAGUCCAACGGUGGCGAGCUUUACAGCACUCCAGCCGACUCUAUAUGUGCAAUUGACAUAUCUGGCCAUGUGGAUCAGAGCCAGAGGGCAUAGGCCUACUACAAUCAUGUUGUUAAUUGUUACAGAUUUUAAAACCAUAGAUUUGUAGAAUAGAUUUAGCCUCUACCUGGGACAUAUUCCAUACAUAGUCAUUUAAUCUCUGGGUUAUACAUUUUGGGGUGCUUUUUUAGUUUUUAUUUUCUGUUUUAUUUUCAGUUUCUUUACACAAAUACACCGUGGCUCUUGAGUGAAGGCUCACAGAUUGAAGUGCGCUCGUGGUGCAGGAACACUGCACGACUCCUCUCUUUCCCACAAUUCACCACGCGCGAUCCUGCGCUCGCUGUCUGUGGUGCUGAAGCGGCGCGUGCUGUGGACUGGAGCACAAACAUACAAUCGAGGUAUCCUCUCGCGGGAUGGUCAGAGGAGCUACGAAGUAGAUAGAAGAAGAGUGUUUUGCAAUUCAGGAAUCCAAGCCAAUUAUUUGUGAUUUUUCAUAUACAAUACAAUUUACAGUAGUCUGAAUUUGGGUAAGCUGUUUUGAUAGCAUAUAGCCUAUUUGCGCUGUACAUGUUAGGUUUUUUACACAGCCUCUCUCUCUAAAUUAUUUCGCUCUCAUCUUUCGUGUUGUUGCCUGCCCGUGUCAGGCGUUCUUUAUGCACAGCAAGCUGCUCCAGUUCUCUCCGAGAAAAUAGACAUUCACGUCGGAACAGCAUGGCCCGGUCCAGUCGCACCCACUGAGAGAGAUGGAAGCCAAGCAGCACUCCCUAAAGAGCCUGAAGAGCUACCCAGAGGCGGGGGGCCGGAGCCUGGCGGCGGCCGCGGGAGACGUCGGUGUUGGAGGUGGUGGAGGAGGGUGUCGUGCCGGCUCGGCACAGAUGGAGAUGGAGGCAAACAUACAGAAAGCCAUUGACUUCAAGGUGGAGGGCCACCGUUGCUACAAGGAGAAGAAAUUUCGGGAAGCGAUAGGGAAGUACCACCGGGCUCUGCUGCAGCUGAAAGGGGUGCAUUUAGUGGAUGGAACCACGGGCUCCGAGGUCAACCUCCUGAGCCAAGCCGCGGUCAAACUGACGGAGGAACAGCGGAGAACUGUGGAGAUCACGGAGAUCGAGUGCUACGACAGCCUGACAGCGUGCCUGUUGCAGUCCGAGCUGGUGAACUAUGAGCGUGUGAAGGAGUACUGCCUGAAGGUGCUGAGUCACCAGAGGGACCACUUCAAGGCCAUGUACCGCGCUGGCAUCGCCUGCUACCACCUGGGAGACUACGACUGUGCCCUGCGCUACCUGCGUGACGCCAAGCACCGCGAGCCCUCAGACACAAACGUGCUGCGGUACAUCCAGUUGACGGAGAUGAAGAUGAGUCGGGAGGGCCAGCGGGAGCGAGAGAGCGGCAAAGAGGCCCUGGGCUAACCUUUGACCUUUUGGCCCCUGUCACUAUGGCCUACUCUAUGACCCAUCCUACAUCUCCUCUCUGACCUCCUCUCCUCCUUUAUCGAGCCCAGUCUCAUUGAUGACUAGCCCCAGUGAUGCGCUGCAACCAUGUAAAAGAACAGGGCAGAAAAAGCCCUGUCUCUCCCCCUCUCUUCUCCUCCUUGUCUUCCCUUCUUCCCCCAGGUAUUGUUGUUCUGUACCCAAGAUGCCGACUGCCAAGCCAACGAAGAAAAAACAAAGAAAAGGGAAAUUCUGUACUAAUUCUCAUACAAAACAGUCAUGGUUGUCUGAACGGAGAAAAAAAAAGCGUAAAAAAUAUAUAUAUGAACAAAGAACGUUGCGUAAUUUAGUAGAAGUGUAAUUUUCAACAAACAAAAAAUCAAGUAUAAUUUAGAAUUUUCUUUUUUAGUUGUGAGGACUGAGAGAGGUCCAGGGUUGGGAAAGGAACCAGGGGAGGGCAAUGGAGGGAGUUUGGGAAGAGGGAGAGGUACACCCUGACCCCGCCUUAUUACAAUGGGGGUCUGAAAGCCACUGACCCAGACUGUCCCUGAGAGAGACUGCCUCAGCCCGGCUAGAGUACAGAUCAGGCUAGCUAGCACGCUACGUCUCUGUCUUUUUCAUUAUGGAAUUGUCUUCAGACAAGCCUGCCUUUGCGCUCAUAUUCAAUCUUCUUUUUUUUCAGCUUUUAGUGUCUCGUCUUGAGUUUCUGGACUGUUUUGAAUUCAAGGGCUAAUUCAAGUGUUUGUAAUUUGUCCUUUGAUCAUUUUAACAUUUUUUUUUGCUGUUGAUAUUACAUUGUACUUACUACUAUCAGUUGUUCUAAAGCGAAAUGUGUGACCUUUCUCUUUCUAAACAAAACAAAAUAACUCCCCCAACAGGCUCGCUGUUCUGCUGUUAA